AAGUACUGAGCUUAAUACUAAUCAAUUUUAUUAACAGUGUAUAUUUUAUUUUGCAUAAGCAUAGACGCAUAAUGGGUUCAAUAUAUUAUUUAAACUCAUGCAAUUUUCGCGUUUGCUCUUUAAUAUAAUCACUAUGCCCUUAUAAAUAAUAAGGAACAAGUAUAUAAGAAAAAUAUGAUAUUAAAAAACUGUAUAGACUGACAAGUGACAGUGACACAUUCUGACCUUCGGGUGUCGAAACUUCGAAAGCCAAGAAGUUUUGUUGACUGUUUUCUAUACCAUUAAUAUCCAGAUAAAUAUUUUCAGUAGCUAUUGUAAAAUAAGACUGACUUAUAUUGUCAACUGAAAUAUUAUAGUUAAUAGUAGACGAUUCGGAGUAUGUUCGGUGACAUUCAAUUAACAAAGCGUUUAAUUGUUAUUGCCCUAGUCCUCGGCAUUAUUUUAAUUCUUAAGGAAUACGUGUUUGUUUUUCCACUAUGAGUCAGAGUAGAGUUGCAUAUUUCUAUAAUCCAGAUGUAGGUAAUUUUCAUUACGGCCCUGGUCAUCCUAUGAAGCCUCAUAGGUUAUCCGUGACCCACAGUUUAGUUCUCAACUAUGGUCUCCAGAAGAAGAUGCAGAUAUACAGACCGUAUCGUGCGAAUGCGCACGACAUGUGUCGUUUUCACAGUGAAGACUAUAUUGAAUUUCUGCAAAAUGUGACCCCUCAAAAUAUACAGACAUACUCAAAGGAUCUUCUCCAUUAUAAUGUUGGUGAUGAUUGUCCGGUAUUUGAAGGUCUGUUUGACUUCUGUUCAAUGUACACCGGUGCUUCUUUAGAAGGUGCAAUGAAACUAAAUAACAAUGCCUGCGACAUUGCCAUCAAUUGGUCUGGUGGAUUGCAUCAUGCUAAGAAAUUUGAACCUUCAGGUUUCUGUUAUGUGAAUGACAUAGUUAUAGCAAUUCUAGAACUCUUGAAGUAUCACCCAAGAGUUUUGUAUAUUGACAUUGAUGUACACCACGGAGAUGGUGUCCAAGAAGCAUUCUACCUGACAGAUAGAGUAAUGACUGUUAGCUUUCAUAAGUACGGUAAUUAUUUCUUCCCUGGAACUGGUGAUAUGUAUGAAAUUGGAGCUGAAAGUGGACGAUACUUCUCGGUGAAUGUUCCAUUGAAAGAGGGUAUUGAUGAUCAAAGCUAUGUUCAGGUUUUCAAACCAGUGAUAUCCACUGUGAUGGAGUUCUACCGUCCUACUGCUAUUGUACUGCAGUGUGGUGCUGACUCGCUGGCUGGUGACCGACUAGGAUGCUUCUCUCUAUCGACUCGUGGACAUGGAGAAUGUGUCAAAUUUGUCAAAAACCUCAAUGUGCCCACGUUGGUUGUGGGUGGAGGGGGAUAUACACUUCGGAACGUAGCAAGAUGCUGGACUUACGAGACUUCUCUCCUUGUUGAUGAGAACAUUUCAAAUGAGCUGCCUUAUACGGAGUACCUUGAGUUUUUCGCGCCAGAUUUCCAAUUACAUCCAGAAAUAAGCAGCACAUCAAAUGCUAAUACUAAACAGUAUUUGGAGGCCAUCACUAAACAUGUAUACGACAAUCUCAAGAUGUGUCAACAUUCGCCUGCAGUUCAAAUGACGCAUAUACCGGGUGAUUUUCUACCGGAAGAAUACAGGAUAAAGGAUGAACCUGAUCCUGAGAUACGUAUAAGUCAAGAAGAAUCUGACAAAAUGAUUGAGCCCAAGAAUGAGUUCUAUGAAGAUGAGAAAGACAAUGACAAGGAACCAGUUCCGGAGACUAAAGAAUCAUAGCAUACGGAGGAAACCACCCCUGCGGUGGCCAUUUGACAAGAGACACCUUACAAGAAGUAUAAGAAGAAGUUCAUGUGACCUCUUACCGAAGAGGAACAGUGAGGUGAUGGAACACAAGUGACUUAGUGAGGUUAACAUGGACUUAAGUGAUAAAGUGUUGCCCGUUAAUAGAGUAAAGACUAAAGAGCUUAGUUAAGAUUAUAAGUGAAAAACCAGUAAAUAACAUUCUUUAUUCCAUUCCUAUAUAAAUUAUAUAUAGGAUAACAAUAGUGAUAUAGAUAACAAUUUUACACUAUUUGAGUUGUUAUCUAUUAAAAAUUACACCAAUUAAUAAUCAAACUAAUACAUACAAAACACAGACAGAGAGAUUUUGAGUUGUUAUAGUAUUUGUACGCCCUAAAUAUAUAAUAUAUUCAUGAGCAUCAGUAUAUUAUUAAAGCAAAAUUUCAUAUACAUUAGAAAAUUGCCAAUGAGGGAAGAUUAAUGUGUAUGUGAAAGAACUUUUUUAUGCUACUGCCGAGUUUCUUACUCUGUAUUGCUGAUUGGAUCUAAAUUACAAGUAAACUUAUGAGUAGAAUCGGUUGAUGCAAUUGAAUGAGAUACUGAUUGUACGAAUGUGCAAUGUCCUAAUCCUUUCAUGAACACUUGUAUUUGUUAUUAUUUGUACAAUCUUUCUUAAAAUUAUAGAUAUUUACUCUAAAGAAUCAUUAACUGGACUUAUAUAUUAUGAAGAAACUCUGUAUGGGUAGAUAUAGCGUUAUGUAAUAUAAUCCUUUUUUAUGUUUAUAUUUAAAAGAUCAUAAUGCAAAUAAUUUAAUGUAAUAAUUCAUUCAUUCAUCGUAAUUUAAAGAAUACAGUUCCUGAAUUAGAUCUAGAACUACUUAUGAUAAUCAUGAUUAAUGUAUAGUAUGAUAUUCGUCCAAGGUAUCUGUUUAAAGAUAUCAUCAUUAUAGUUGUAAGAUCAUAUUAUGCUAUUUAAUGAAUUGAUUCUGUUAUUUCAAUCAAGAGAUAAAUCGUUGAUAUUUUACACUAAGUUGAACUAUGAAGCUUAGAGUGAGUUUGAAGUAAUAAUAUCUGUUAUGUCGUUUAACACUAGGCAUAUUAUACAAAUAAUUUAAGAAGUACUUAAGACCUGUAUAAACUACAUGUAUAUACAAGUCUUAAGUAGUUAAGUUUAUCUAUAACUAUAAUUUUAAGGCAGAUUU